AUGCGAGUGGUAUUAGCCGACGAUAGUCCCACGGCAUAUGGGAACGGCUGGAUUCGACUUGAGACCGAGGCUGUAUCGUUACGCCUGGCUGGUCAAGAAAGCCGAACAAAGAUUAGCAUUAUGGAUCUUGGAGACACCGAGAUGAUAAUUGGCUACGAUUGGUUGUUGAAGCACAACCCUGCCAUCGACUGGCAAAAGAAAACGAUACUCAGCCGAGAACCUGUGCACAAGGUUGCU